CAACGUUUGGGUUUAUAGUGAACAGCACAUAGGAUCCAAUCACACAAAUACACACAGGAGCGAAUCACUCCGGUCUCUCACACACUUCCUUUCACCUGGCCAACGAUGCCGUCCGCGAAACCCUUCGCGACCGCCGCCGGCAUGCUACGAGCUCGUCUUAGUUCGGGCCUCCGAACAAGAGGAGGCCACGGCCCGAACCCGUUUACUACUGCGGGUCACCAAGAUCGGCCCAACGGAUACCUAUUCAAUCGGGUCCCACCACCACCUGGACAAUCCCGGAAAUGGGAGGAUUGGGAACUCCCUUGCUACAUCACCAGCUUUUUCACUAUCGUUAUCCUCGGUGUGGGCCUCAACGCUAAGCCCGAUCUCACACUUGAAACUUGGGCCCAUCAAGAAGCCCUAAAACGCCUCGAACUUGAAUCUUCUUCUGCUCAAAUCCAAUCCGUUGAUGAAUGAAUCUGUGGAUCAUUUUUGGGUAUGGUUUUUGAAUUUCGCUCCUUUUUUGGAUUGUCAAAUUAGGGGUUUUCGAUAAAUUGGGGAUAGUUUAUCCUUGUUGAUAGUUUGUGGUUUUUAGAGAGUUGGAAAAUAAAUGUUAUUGACUUUCAACUUUGACCUGAAAUUCGAGCUUACUGUUUUAUGUUCAGUUUUAAUGAUAAUGGUUGAUUAUGUUAUUCUUUUUUCA